AUGAUAGAACACGUAGUUCAGCUUAAGUGCGGUAUCAAGCACGAUCCAUGGGGGAAGAAAGGAAAAGAGUCCCUCGCUGGGCAGCUUUGGAAUCGAACGGCUGGCUCCACAGACUUGGAUGAUAGCGAUCAUUAUUCUGAGAUGUGGAUGGGCACAUAUCCCACCGUUCCAUCGCGACUUCUCUGCACCGGGGAGACAUUGGAUCAUUAUUUAAAACGAAAGCCCGAGCUGGUUGGACAGUCAGUAAAGACACGGUUUGGGGCUGGUCUUCCCUUCCUGCCGAAGGUCCUUUCAUUCGACAAGGCUCUCCCACUGCAAGUGCACCCAGACAAGCGCCUCGCCGAGCACCUCAACCUCACAGACCCCGAGCACUUUGGCGACCCAAACCACAAGCCCGAGAUUGCCGUUGCGCUCUCCAAGUUCGAGCUUUUCGCGGGCUUCAAGCCACUCAAGGAUAUCAAGGAGCUAAUGACCAUCAAACCGCUGGACCAAUUCGUCCCACCGCACGCGACCUUCGACGACGAGCUCCUCCGCCAGAUCUGCAAGAAACUACUCCAACUACCGCCGCAGACUGUUUCAGAGACGGUCACGCAGCUGCUUGCACUGCCCGCAUCCGAGUUCCGUGGGAACCAACACUACGUCCCGGACCAACUCGAUCGGCUGAGCAAGCAGUAUCCAGAGUCAGACCCCGGAGCGCUCGUGGCAGUGCUGCUAAUGAACUACAUGGUGCUAGAACCCGGCGAGGCAGUCUGCGUCCCCGCGGACAGUAUCCACGCCUAUCUCAAUGGCGACAUCCUCGAGUGCAUGGCGCGGUCGGACAAUGUCUUAGCGACAGGAUUCUGCCCGCGAGCCGACAGGAACAGCGUCGAGCAAUUCGCGCGCGCGCUCUCGUUCAAACCGCACAGCCCCGAGCAGGCUCAGUUGGGACAUAAAAAGUCGGACAAGGGCGAGUCGGGACGCACGAUCGAGUACGCGCCGCCGUUUUCAGAGUUCAAUGUGCUGGCGACUGUGCUCGGGCCUGGCGAGAGCGAAAGCCAUAAAGCGAUCGGAGGACCGAGUAUAGUUGUAGUGACCAAGGGUAGUGGUGAGUUGGUGGUAAUGGGGGAGAAGAAGGUGGAUCUCCAUGAGGGCGCAGUGUUCUUCGUGGGCGAGGGGGUGAACCUAGAAUUUCUCACGCAGUCGGGGAUGCAGGUGUUUCGACCGUAUGCCGAGUAG